AUGUUUACCGCCCGCCUCCCUUCAAGAGUAGCCCCCAUCGCCCGCAAUGCCCGGGCCCUCCGGGUACGGCAGCCCCAACGCCGCUUCCAGUCUUCGCAAGCCGGCGCGGCUGGGUCAUCCCACUUCGUUUCAGGCGUGGCAGGCGGCGUCGCGGGCGCGGGGCUCCUCUACGGCAUCUACCUCUUGACCCCCACCGGCAAGAUGGCCCGUAAGAUUAACGCGGCAGCGAGGGAAACCGACAGAAAAUACCAAGAGGCCGCGGCCACGAUACGAGACAAGACCCCUACCACAGACGAAGCCGUCAGUAAGCUCAAGCAGUUUUGUUAUUCCUAUGUGGCGUGGGUCCCCGGGGGUCGCCAGUACGUCGACACGGCAUUCAAUGACCUCGCUGCAAUCCGUCAGAGCCACGGCAAAGAGGUAGACCAGAUUGUCAACGAGACCUACCGCGAGUUCCAAGGCAUCACGAGCACCGGGUUGAGUCUCGAGUCAGCUUCCAAAGCAUACGAUGCGAUUACCAACCUUGCCAAGAAGAUUGCCAACCUUAGCGGCAGCGCGGCAGAUCAAAUCCUCGAGCGCCACCCGCAACUCAACGACAAGGUCGGCGGGUCGAUCAAGCAACUGAAGAACAUGGGCGCCCAAUACGGACCCGAGGCCAAGAAGCUGGUCGAUCAGACAUGGACACAGGUCAACGACAUCAUGAAGAACGGGUUCUCAGCCGAGAACGAGGACAAGGUACGCAAGAUCGUGGAGGAGCGGACGCAGCAAAUCCGCAAGAUCGGCGACGACCUCUGGGACAAGGGUCUCGAGCAAGCGAAGCCAUAUCUCGACAAGAGCCCGCGGCUCAAAGAGCUCGUCACGGGUAACCAGGACCUUCUCAAAAAAGAAAACGUAACAGGCCUGUUUCAGCAGAUUAAGAGCCUUGGAGAAGGUGGCGACAUGGGCAAGCUGGAGGAGUAUGUCAAGGAGACGGUCGAUAAGGCCAAGGCCAAGGGAUCAGAGGCAACAGGCGAGGGCACUGGGUUUGCCGCGCUAAGCCAGUUGCUUGGGUCGGCUUCGGACGAUGCCGGGCGCAAGCUGCAAGACAAUAUUGGGCUGCUAAGCGAGGUCGCGAGCAAGCACGCCUCCGAGGGAAAGGAACUGGUGGAGGAGACCAAGAACGACCUGAGGAAGUUGUUGGAAGAAAAGGCGAAGAAGGCACAGAAAAUAGCAGACAGCGCAAAGAAGGACGCUGAGUAG